UCAUCUUGGAAUCUCAAAGUUGUCUCGUUCUUCGCCUCUCAAUUUGCUCCAUCGCCCGCUUCAGUCAUGCAGCUACUAACCGGCCGGUGACGCGCGUGGUGGGGUGGUGCCAGUGCGCUCGCAACAUGUUCGAUGAUUUGUUGCUUAGAUCCACAAUGAAGAUAGCCUGGGGUAAGAAUGCCAAAAUGAAGAGGCAGCCAGUGGUAGUAUCAACUAAACCAGGUCUACCAUUUGGAGUGGACAGCGAUACCGAUGAGACUGAAAAGGAGGAAACAGCAGGGGCAAACACAAACUGUCCUGGAACAAAGCCGCUUGACACAGCUGAAUCGCUCCAGCGUCAAGGAGACAAACUAGCCGAGGAAGGAAAGUACCAUGAAGCACUUAGUAGAUGGGAGGCUGCACUUACCUUGGCACCUGAUAAUGCAAUACUGCACGAACAGAAAGCUCAGGUUUUACUUGAAGUGGGAGAUGCAUGGCAUGCACUGACAGCAGCAACCAGGGCAACAGAACUGGAUCCUCUAUGGCCUGAGGCUUGGGUCACACUUGGCAGAGCGCAGUUAAAUUUUGGGGAACCAGAUUCAGCUAUACUGUCAUUUGACAAGGCACUAGCAAUCAAGCCCGACCAUGAUGGUGUGAAAGCUGACCGCAAAACUGCAGUCCAUCUUGUCAAGAAACGAGGGCAACUGCACUCAUCCGGUCUAAGCACCAACAAAAGGAGGUUCACCGUUGGAGAGAACUCAGAUAAGGGCGCAGAGGGUGAAGAAAAGGCGGAUGAAACAGCAGUACAGUCUGGUUAACCUGCUACAUGUUGGCUUUCAUCCUGGGCCUAGUGCUGUAGAGACAGUAGAGUAUAACUGGCUCAAAUGAGGGAGCACAUGUAAGGAUUUCUGAAUUCUGCCACAUAUUUUCGCAUGUCAGGAUUCUGAGUUGUGUUCUGCCGAAGUUUUGUGCCGCUCUGUGGAACUUUGUUAGAGCCAUAGAGGUAUGCUGUAGUGAUCUAGAUUCUAGACGAUCUGUGUUAUGAAGUUCUGUGGUGGUUUGUGAAUACACGGGUAGGUCGUGUCCGGCACAAUGCUAUUGUCAGCGUACAAAGUGUACAACGUUGUACCCAGCUGUUAAACUUGGUAACAAUCCCCCAGUUCCGUUUGUAAGCUCUCCUUUGCAGCCAAAC